CCGCGGCUUUGUUUUGUUUUGGUAGUGGGAGUUCAGCGGCAGACAGGCAGAGGUCCGCCCGGCAGAGACCCGCUCACUAAAUGGGGAGAGCCGUAACGGGGAUGGAAGAUGACGAACCGAUAGCUGACGCCUGUAAAAUGCCGAGUUUUAUCAGCAGUUUCGAGGAGGGGAGGGUGAGACUGUCCCGCAACCUGCCGACGGAAACUUCCUUCACGGACGGUAAAGUUGAGCGGCCGGUGAGAGAUUUGAGCCGCCGCGUCAGCGCGUCAAACUCCCGGUUAUCUCUGGACGGAGGGGAGUCAGAGGAGAGGAGCACCGAGGAGGAGGACAAGGAUGCGAAGGGCAACAACAACAACAACUGCAACAGCGGAGGAGGGGAGAGGAGGAGGGCGAGCGCGGUGGAGAUUUUGAGGAGGAAUUUCGGGGUUUCAAAAUCUCCAUCUUUGUGUUUGGACCCGGACAGCGGCGGAGCCGGGCUUGACAGCCGAGAGGGGACCGUUAAUAACGACGUCUCUCACGGUCACGGGAGCGAAUGUGGCGAGUGUGAAAAGUCGGAGAGAGAAACGGGCGACGCCGGGACGAAAAACGAGCACACCCCGAGCGACUUGACUUCGGAUGUACAAGAUUUUGUAGCCGUUACAUGUCAGCGCCGUCAUACAUGUGACGGUGACACGGUCACUGCAGACGACUCUUUUAACGGCAAAGAGCACGUGUACUGCACUGUUUACUGCGUCGCUAACGACAGUCACCGAACACAAAUCACAGACGAUGAAACGGUCACGUUUGACGCACCAGAAAUGGACCCGGAGGUCGGACGGGACGCGAGUUCGAGUCCCGGACCGGCCUUGUAUACGCUGGACGAUUUGGUGGAUCCUUUCGGGGACAUGGCCCACCGGGUGUCCGUGGAGCAGGCCGGUGCAGAGACUACGAUGCAGAGUUGCCGGGUGUGCCUGGAGGAGGAAACCAUCGCACCCCUGCCCUGCUGCAGGAAGACCGUGUGCGACGAGUGUUUGAAGCUCUACGUCAGCUCCCAGGUGCGAGUAGCCAAAUCCUACAUCAGCUGUCCAAUCCCAGAGUGCAGUGGCUACCUGGAGGAGGGAGUGGUGAUUUCCCAUUUAACCAGUGAUGACGUGGCAAAAUACCGUUACUUUUUGGAGCUAAGCCAGCUGGACUCGAGCACCAAACCCUGUCCUCAGUGCAGUCAGUUCACGUCUCUGAAGAGCCACAGUUCCAACCGCACUGAGCACAAGUACAAGAUCCAGUGUAGCAAUUGCCAGUUUGUGUGGUGCUUUAAAUGCCACGCACCGUGGCACAACGGGGUCAAAUGCCGCGACUACAGGAAAGGAGACAAGCUGCUUCGAAGCUGGGCCAGUGUCAUAGAGCACGGCCAAAGAAACGCCCAGAAAUGUCCACAGUGCAAGAUCCAUAUUCAGCGCACAGAGGGAUGUGACCACAUGACAUGUACGCAAUGUAACACGAACUUCUGUUACCGCUGUGGAGAACGCUACCGACACCUGAGGUUUUUUGGGGACCAUACAUCCAACCUCAGCGUGUUCGGAUGCAAGUAUCGUUAUCUACCUGAUAAACCUCACCUGAGACGGCUGAUCAGGGGGUCGGUCUGUGCCACCAAGGUGCUGAUAGCUCCAGUGGUCAUUUUGCUGGUCGUGGUGCUCGGAGCUCUCGCACUGGUGAUAGGUUUGGUCGUUUUCCCAGUGUACUAUGUGUGUAAGCGGAGGAAGAAGCAGCGCACACAAGGAUCCGGACGCUGGAUCUGAAACCUGCCCUGCACUUCAUCUCGACCACACACACACACACACACACACACACAGCUUGAAAGACGACGCCCACAUCUCCUCAGGGACAAACACGCCAGCCUGAGUCAUUGCAAAUGUCUGAGGGGAACAUCACAAAAUUAACAAUUAGUGACGACCUUUCAGUUGGAAGGAAGUUCAUAAACAAAUAAAGCGAGGCCUGGAUAAUCACACGUCAUCGCGCCGAGAAUAUUUGUGUCUCAGCGGCGCAUUGCUGCAAGAAGAAUGCUGCAUAUUCAAGAGAAGAAAAAUGUUAAUUUAAAUAGUGUUGGAAUCACCUUAAAGGGACAGUU